GAGCGGUGAGCGGCUGCUUGUAUUCUACCCUUUGCGCUGUGUUUACUAUCCUUUCAGUCGAAGAUUGUUCUGUUUAUUUCAAGGAAGGGCGUGGCUAAAGCUUCUCUAUCUGCCAGUUUUGUGUGUGAAGCCAUUCAAAUGUGCAGCGUCCUAACUCGAACGCCCUCUUGGUUUUCCACUCGAAAGCUCUUUGAGCAGAAGCUAUCAGAUCUCCACAAGUGCACAGACCUCAACCAAGUGAAGCAACUCCACGCUCAAAUCCUCAAAUCCAAUCUCCACCUCGACCUCUAUGUUGCUCCCAAACUCAUAUCUGCUUUCUCUCUUUGCCGCCAAAUGCCCCUCGCCACCAACGCUUUCAAUCAAGUUCAAUAUCCAAAUGUCCAUUUGUACAACACUCUGAUUCGAGCCCACGCCCAGAAUUCACAACCUUCACAGGCCUUUUCCACUUUCUUCACCAUGCAAUUUGAUGGAUUAUACCCCGAUAAUUUCACUUUCCCGUAUCUUCUGAAAGCUUGUACUGGGAAUGGGUGGUUGCCAGUUAUUGAAAUGGUACACGCCCAAAUUGAGAAAUUUGGUUUCAUGUCGAAUGUAUUUGUGCCGAAUUCUCUUAUUGAUUCAUAUUCCAAAUGUGGGUCUGGUGGAAUUUUGACAGCGAAGAAGUUGUUUGUGUCAAUGGGGGAUUGUAGGGAUGUUGUGUCAUGGAAUUCAAUGAUCUCUGGAUUUGCAAAGGGUGGUUUGUACGAAGAAGCUCGGAAGGUGUUCGAUAAAAUGCCUAUAAGGGAUAGUAUUAGUUGGAACACAAUGUUGGAUGGGUACGUUAAAGCUGGGAAAAUGGAUGAUGCAUUUAAAUUGUUUGAUGCAAUGCCUGAGAGGAAUGUUGUCUCUUGGUCGACAAUGUUGUUGGGGUACUGCAAGGUAGGGGAUAUGGAGAUGGCACAAAUGUUGUUCGAUAAAAUGCCUACGAGGAAUUUGGUUUCUUGGACCAUAAUUAUCUCUGGCUUUGCUGAGAAAGGGCUAGCCAAAGUAGCCAUUGGCUUGUUUGAUCAAAUGGAAGAGGCUGGCGUGAAGUUAGACAAUGGGGCAGUAAUAAGUAUAUUGGCUUCUUGUGCUGAGUCUGGUUUGCUUGGGCUUGGUGAGAAAAUACAUGCUUCCAUUAAGAACCACAAUUUCAAAUGUACUACUGAAAUCUCCAAUGCUUUGGUUGAUAUGUAUGCAAAAUGUGGUAGGCUGGAUAUUGCAUACAAUGUCUUUAACGACAUACAAAACAAAGAUGUUGUGUCUUGGAAUGCUAUGCUUCAUGGACUGGCAAUGCAUGGGCACGGAGAGAAAGCGCUCGAGCUUUUCAAAAGAAUGAAAGAGAAGGGCUUCUCCCCUGACAAAGUUACUAUGAUCGGAGUCUUGUGUGCUUGUUCGCAUGCGGGAUUGAUCGAUGAUGGCAUUCGAUACUUCUCUUCAAUGGAAAAGAACUAUGCCCUUGUUCAUGAAAUCGAGCAUUACGGUUGCAUGGUAGACCUUUUGGGUCGCAAGGGAAGGCUUGAAGAAGCCAUCAGGCUCAUUCGCACCAUGCCAAUGGAACCAAAUGUCAUCAUCUGGGGCACCCUUUUAGGGGCAUGUCGUAUGCAUAAUGCUGUCGAACUUGCAAGAGAGGUUCUUGAUCAUUUGGUUAAGUUGGAACCAUCUAAUCCGGGUAAUUUAUCCAUGUUGUCGAACAUAUAUGCUGCAGCAGGCGAUUGGGACUGUGUUGCCGAUGUGAGGUUGAGAAUGCGGAGUAUUGGAACUCAAAAACCAUCGGGUGCUAGUUCCAUCGAGGUCAAUAAUGAGGUUCAUGAAUUUACAGUGUUCGAUCGAUCACAUCCGAAAUCUGAUAAAAUAUAUCAGAUGAUUAACGGAUUGCGCUGUGAACUUAAACAAGUUGCAUGCUUUCCAAACACGUGCUAAUAGAGUUUGGAGUAUCUAUAGAAUUGUAACGACCCAGAUCCACCGCUUGCAGAUAUUGUCCUCUAUGGGUUUUCCCUUUCGGGCUUCCCCUCAAGGCUUUAAAACGUGUCUGCUAGGGGAAGGUUUCCACACCCUUAUAAAUGGUGGUUUGUUCUCCUCACCAACCAAUGUGUAGAAAAUCACGAGCUGCAUACUGCUAGUGCAAUGGAAAAAUGAAGUUAUCUUGAAAUGUGACACAGUUGUGUAGUUGAAACAAGAUGAAAGGUUCGAAAGGAUAUCUGAAACCUCGUACAGGAUCCUUCGCACCAGAAGUUGGCCAUUCCCCCAUAGCAGAGCUAGAGGCAAAUGGAAUGACUUGAACAUGUGAAGGUCGAAAUAUACGAAGUUAAAGAUAUCCGUUCGUACAUUCUAGAUGGUGGCGUAACGUAAAUUGCUCGUGGAGAAUCGAUCACCAUGGAAAGACCAUAUCAGAUCUCCUGAACAAAAGAGAGCUAAAAUUCCUGAAGCAGACGGUUCUUCUACUAGACAAUGAAGUGUCUUGCCUUCUGCUGUUGGAUUGCUUAACCUUAAAUUUCUGAAGUCCUACCUUUUGCUUCUAAUGUUUAAAUCUUUUGAAUUCCAAAAUUUUGGAUUAAUUUUUUUUUUAUUCUUAUUUUUUAA